GCACAAUUGCUUGACGGUGCUGGUUCUUAAGCUGUGCGUUGUUCGCGAUGGUACGGGAACAAACAGUGGAUUAGAAAAUAUAUUGACGUUUUUUUUUGCUGUCGCAUUUUUUCUGUCGGGAGUAUUUUCGUCACCGAGUUUCCUUCGAUCGGUGUGCUCAGUGACGUUUGGUGAAUGGGACCGAGCGUUCGGUUUGCACCUUACGUAAAAUGAAACGUGUCUAUAUCUGGCGGUUCCUUCCCGCGUGGAUAAAGGGAGUACCAUAGCCUGCUUGUCCACCACCUUGCUGUCGUACACUCUGCCUGUAACAUAAACUGUUGUAUUUUUUUGUAUAGAAAAUUUAUGAUUAGGAGGAGCGCAUUAUCUUUGGGAGCUCCGGACUAUGGCCGAGUCCAGUGUCGAGUUCGCGCUUACAUUUUUCGAAGUGACCGAGGAGACGAUAUGGAUGCGAGGUGUCUUUUAUUGCUGUUAUCUCUGUCGUGUAACAUGUGUAUGUCUAAAAUUGAAGCGGUAUGUGGAAGACCUUCUAUCUUUUGCAUGUGGAAGACCUUAUAUCCUUUACCACCAACCUCAGGAUGCAGAUAAGGUUUGAUUUUGGUGAGUCGGUGUGUGCCAGUCGAAGUCAGAAGUGACUGUGUCUUCAUUAUGCGUAACAAUUGCUAAUAGCCCAGGCCGUCUAAAAUAGUGUUCUUGAUUAAAUCCUUUGGUAUCGUAAUAUGUGCUUGUGUAUAACGGAUAAUAAGAGAUUAGGUGUAAGACGGCCUUCACAAAUACUAACGUUCGGCUAUUUGUUGACACAGUUGCUUAAUUCGAAUGUGUUGAUAUAGUGGUGAAGAUCACGUGUGAGUGAAUCCGCUGGAAUAUUUUUGUUCGGGUUGCGCUAUCUCAUCUCUAAAACAGGACAGGGCCAUUGUGACGUCCUCGCAAUUAACAACGAGGAGGUGGUGAGUGUACAGCGUUCCCUAUUUCAGAAUUAUUCUUAGCUGAUGGGUGGAUGUCGGUUUUGAACAAAUCAUGCCAAAUUCUCAGCUGUUGAAGGAAAAGUCCUCAAGCUUUAUACGACGAGAAAGAUGACUUCGGCAUGUUGAGGAGAGCAUCGCUUAUAUUCUACUGUUUCGUUAGGUUGACUUAGACAAUCGUCGACUUUAGCACAUCGGAUUGUUAAACUCUGCCAAGGAACUGGCACAUUCAGCCGGAGUAAACCGUGACAAGUAUGUGUGUAUGGAGACGUGCCGAGCCCGACGGCCGAUGAAGCCCCUUACGACUCCAUGAACUCGAUGUCGUUUUUGGGAGCACCAAUAACCGGUGAACAUCUUAGCAUGAUGGUGUUGCAUAGUUCUUCACACUCGCAACGACGACACCACCCUCACCAUCCUCACCACCCGCACACGAUGUCGUCGAGCUUUAAUCCGACCUCUAGCGGCAAUUCCAGAGGGGAAACCGGUCUCGUGUCCACCUCAGCAUCUUCAUUGAAUCAACAUCACGCUGUUGGUACGCCUUCGUUAAAGCUAAAAUCGAUCAAUGCAGGCGCCAGCAGCGGUGGUGUCGCUGGCGGCAGCGUUACAAGUCUGAAAGCUCGUACUCCUCGUCCCGCGCGUUUCAAAUGUAGCUUCUGCCCAUAUAUGGCAAGAGAUGCAGGUUCGCGCAUAGUCCACGAAAGGGUACACACCGGCGAACGGCCAUAUAGCUGUGGUUUGUGUGGAAAGCGAUUUGGUUAUAAAAACGCGCUUCAAACUCACGUACGAACACAUACAGGGGAGAAGCCAUACGAAUGCGAAAUAUGCACGAAGAGGUUUACCCAACUAUCGAACUUGAAGUUCCACAAGAAAAUUCACCAUCCCGGUGUUUUUUCUUGGCUUACAACAGCUGUUACAGGUAGUUUGGAUCCGUUGAUGAGCCUGCCUACAGAAGUCGAGGCUCGUGCAAUGGUUUACCCAUCGCUUGACAUUGAGAGCAGCGUUCGAUUGAAGUGUACUUUUUGUGGCAAGCAGUUUGGCGCUCGAAAGUCAUUACUCAAACAUCUUCGUCAUCAUUCAGGCAGCGAGCCGUACGAGUGUGACAUCUGUGGGAAGCGUUUUCUCACGGGGGAUAUCCUUCGCAGUCAUAAAGAUAAUUCGAUUUACCGAAAAUCACAAAGAAAAAUAAUUGGAACGACAGGAUUUUCGCCAACCAAGUCUGGACGCAUUAACUAUUAUAAAGACUCUAAAGCCUUAAUGACCCAAUUUGGACCUCAAGACGUUACGUCUCCACUUACGAAAGAUCACAACUACAAAAUGACGUGCAUUUGGAAGCAGAAUGUUCUGCUUGCGGAACAUGUUUUUGCUACUAAAGUAGCGAUGUCGAUCAAAUAUCGGCAGAUCAAACCCGAAGAUGGACCUAAGGUUAUCGAUACUGGGAUUAUCAACACGAAAGGGUUGGAUUUCGUUAUGGAGACCAACCGGAUAGCGGCGCUUUAUGAAGUCGAUGGAGCGAUAGUAUCAGCCGCAACUGCGUCGCGUGGCCUUGACCUUACCCCUAUCAUCAUUGACUCGGUGAAGCAGAUUCAACACGCGCUUGGCAGAGGUCGAAAGGCGUUACAUCCAAGCCCAGGACCAAUGCGUUACCAAUGUCCCGUAUGUCCGUAUUCGACCAAUAAGAAAGGACACUAUGUUGUCCACGAGCGUGUUCAUACGGGCGAGAAGCCAUACAAGUGCCCGCUGUGCCCUUAUAGAGCGACUCAGAAGAGCAGUGUUACCAUACACAUGGUUGUCCAUCAACGGUCGGCAAGUCGGAUUUAAAUUUACACUUCGGGCAAAAAAAAAAAAAGGAAAUCGCCAAUAGGAUCUACCAGCCCGGCACAAAAAUCUUUCGUUAAGGGAAUGGGUGAGAUGGCGUGAGAUUCUCUAUAUAGCGUUGAACACUUCAGUUCUUUUGGGGAAGUCAAGGGAACGCGCUUGGCUAUACGAUUUAGCGUUGUUAUCCAUUACUUUUAACCUCUGCUUGCUUGCAGCUCUUUAGCAUAUCGCCGUCUUAAUAUUCAUAUGCUUUCGUUACCUCAGUGAUAAGACCAUGCCGCGUUCGUAUUUUCGCUAUACAAUUGUAGAACGUACAAGCUAUACAAAUAUCGAUAGGCAAACUGGAAAAUGUAAUAUUAAUCAAACAAUUUACAAAUGCUAUCCAGCUUUACCUGCGGCUGACACCGUUCGACUGCUCUAGGUAACUGCAUUCUACAGCAGCAUAAUCUUAAAAGAGGAAAGAUAGGGCAACGUUUCUGAUCUAAUAGAUGACACGCUGAUGAAAGUACUUUUAAUGUCGAUCAUAUGGCGUUUAGCUGCAAAAAGUUAUGGCUUCCACACAAAAUGACCCCAAACCUUGGUCGACCCUUGCUAGGCAUCAAAGCCCCGGGCUCGCCCAGCACUUCUAGAGAUAAUUUCAUACCUUGUUGCUACUGUUUAUAACGAGCCAAUUUCAUAACAGAACAACAUUUUUUGUGGAUGACAAUGUGAGCGAAACUUUUGAAAAUGCUAUUGUUCAUCUAUCGGCAUGUUUUCCGGUGCUGAUCUUUUUCAUUGACAGAAAAAAGCAGUAAGAUUGUUAACUCUAAGCAACGAUGCUAUAGACAGAAGAAAAAAUGUUGAUCCAACAAUUAACUGAGCUUAUUAUCUGCGUCGUUCUCAAGCCAAAGCUUGGCAGAGUCGCAGAAGCGGAAAGUAGUAAAUAUACAUGCCUAUGAGGGAAAUAUACAUACUUAGAUAUAUAUUGAACAAUUGUGAAGAGGAACACUUACUCGUGUGCUGCCAUGUCAGAACGUCUCCAUCCGAAACGCACACGAGCCUUUCGCAGACUUUUCUUUGAUAGGUUAGAAAUCAACAGGAAUAACUAAGAGUUCUAUAAAACGUCAUGGAAGAAAAAUGAGUAGGAUUUGAGAAACGGUGUUAUUAUGUUUCAUUAUGGUAUUAUUUCAAGCAAGAGAUAAACAAAACUAGCAUAGAAAGCAGUAGCUGAACAAUGAAUAAGAAACUCGUGUGAAAUCUAUUGUGAAUUUGAUUUCUUAAACGUGUGUGUCGUUCGCACAACCUAUUUGGAGACGUCAUAAUCUAAAUCCCUAUCCCUGACAGCCGUCUAGCAGCUGUCCCUGAUAGCGCCGCAGAGGGCGCAGACCGUAUAUACGUAUCACCUUGCCUUAAGUGCUCAAGAAGGAAAUUUAUAUAGUUAAUAUUAUGACCAUUAUUAUUAAUGUAUCAAUGGUAUGUAUACGCACUUAUAUAUACAUAUAUAUAUAUAUAUAUAUAUACACAGAUUGCGAGUGAAGAGAAGCGGACGAAAUAACGAGAACCAGGAACAGAGAAAGGAAGAUUAUUUAGACUAAUAGAAUAGAAACUGAACAUGUGAUGUGUGCUCUGCAAUACAAAUGAAACUGAUAGUAAGACCGGUGUAUGAUGAUAAAUGUCGGUGUACGCCAACUGGUAGAAGCACUCUGCUGAACACGCUAACACACUAACGGGAACACGGGACCGAUCAUGCGAACGUAUUGUUAUAUAUAAGUAUAUAUAGCCUUACUAUUAUUUCUAUUCAUGUUGAUACGGGGGGACACUGUGACAGCAAGUACAUUUUACAAAGGCACCCCUAAUUACACCGCUAUCUCGUCGAAUUAGCAGUGCACCUUUGGUUCUGAUGGUGCCUUAUCAUGAAUACAGUUACAACAUUGCAUACUCCCAGCUGACAAAUGGCAAAAUAUGUUGAAAUAGUAUUGGACGUUACUUGUAAUGAUAUUACCCCAUUAUGCGUCACAGAGUGGCGCAGAAGUAUCUCGCUACCGGCGAAUCUUUUAAAGCGGGCUCUUGACAACUAACAGACCUUCCUGUUGUCGAACAAUAUGUACUCAUCGUUCAGUUUGAUACUAGUGUUAUCUAGAUGGCGACCAGUAGCACAUGGAUGACACUUAAUGGCGUUUUCGCUACGACGAUAUUUGUCUCCUCCGAGCGCCUGAUAUCAAGUAUACUCUGAGCUUUCCGGCAACGACUUGCCAAGGUCAGCAAAACGCUUCGUGGAACAGUUUGUUUGAACAUGUUCUGUGAAAGUUUUGCCGCUCUUAACGGUCGUGUCGCAAGCGUCAAGGCGGGACCUGGUCAAGGCAGCGUUUUUCCUCGAACUAUAAUAACCAAAAGGAAAUCUAUUCUGUAUUGACGCCGGGUCAAAAAGAAGGCAUGUCGUAUUUUCUAUGCAAACGUGGUAAAAAGCUCUGUAAACAAGAAAUACAACAUCCAUAUAUGUGUAUAGAUAUAUACGCGAACAUGAAUUUGUGCGCAUCUUAUGUGCAUAUCAUAUCUGAGUAAGGAACAGGCAUGGGUCACAACAGAAACUUCUGCAGUUAAAAAAGUUAGCAGAAUCUAUAAAUAGUGUUAUAUAUAUACAUGUACAUCGUUUAUCGAUGAACCGGUGCAGAUGGUGAAUGUUAAGGGGAUAUGAUUAAGGAAAAUGUAUGUGAGGAUCUACCAGGCGGUUGUCUAGCGCUGUUUUUGCUUACAUACUUUAAACGAAUGUAGCAGACAGACAACUACAAAGGACGGUAGUUAGCUGAACCGUGACAAAACAUGGUACGCACUGACUACUGAAAAUGAACAUUUUAGGUAACGACCGCAGUAGACUGAAGUAUUCAAUGAAUAUUUCAACAGCUAGAUACAUGCACAGACGUAGUUACAGCUAGAACCCGGUGAUUUUGAUAAAAUUUGGGCAGGAUCGCCCUGACUGUAAAGGAAGGAAAGGGCCGAAAUGAUCUGGCCGAAAUCUGUACUAAUUAUACAUUCCAGAACAAGUCUGUGGCGGUUAGGCGUCGAGCUACGAUAACUACCUAGCUAAGGGACCCCUUUUUAAGCUCUCGACUUUUGCAUACUUAGACUGAGCAAAUUACCUAACAAGCUGUUAGUUAUCCACGUGGGUUACGAAUAUCUAUGAACCGCCGGAUUCGCCAGCGAAUUCGAUAUCAAACCCUUGAGUGGCUUUUAGGCAUCAGAGAACUAGGACAUUACAACAGUUGAAAGUAUUUUAAAUGCCAAUAGACAGUUAGAUGCCAUAGGGCAUAAAAUAGUUACGCAUAUUCGCGCAAACUACCCAGUGUAAAAAUCAGUAGCCACAAUUGUGGUCCGAAUUCCGUUGAUCUUUUCGCUAUUGAAUGCUCUACCGUUGCAGCGAAGAUUGGGCGAGACUUAAUAGAUCUUCAGACCACUACAAUAGUUCACUUCGAGCAAAGCGAUACAUGGAUAAAGAGAUAAAUACGAAAAAUUUGCUAAAAAACAAAAUGUGAAGGCACUAGCACGUUGCACUUCAUGAUUUAGUCCUCAGAACUGUAAGGUCAUAUGAAGACGCAGUGACUUCAGGCGCCUCCACGAUGGUUUUAUGCAAGGGGUGCAUUUUUACCAUUUGCCAACAAUAACAUCGCUGAAUUUUUUGGCAGUGAGGUGGUCUUGGAAUCCGGUGGUUCACACACGACAAACGUUAACAUAUCUUCCGGAAUUACUGCAAAAGACGGUCGUCUUAAUAUUCGGGCGGCUCCGAUUACACAAGGCUAUUUCGUCUGUGUCUGACAAUGUUCGAGCUGAAAUACAGGAUGGUGAGAAAGGUUGCUAACUUUUAACGAUCGUGCCUUAGACCGCCCGUCCGACCUCGAGUGGCCCACCUCUCACCUCCUCCAGAACACGUACUGUAGUUGGUAAGAGACAGCAAAUGUUUUCUUUUCUUAAACUUAUUUUUUCUUGUCGUGUCAGCAACUUGUACAGAUAGCGGAAUAGGCUAUCGACAGUUUACCUACACGGUAAAGGAAAUAAAACUUUGGGUAGGUAAAAAAUGUACAUCCACAUAGUAUAAUAUCAACACGUGUGUUCACUGAGGGUAGGACACACUUCCUUAGGUAGUACCCGACGCAUAUACAUUCGUAUUGAAAUGAGACAGACCAUUCGUGAUCUGAUCAUCGCGAGUACUAUCGAGACCGCGUAGAAAGAGCGAUACUGUAAUGCACAGUAGCACUAAUUACGGUUAUGAUCGAAUGCAAUGAAGGAACUCUAGGCCACUUCGCUUCUGUGGCUGUCCACACUAAACAGAUUACAUUGUAGCGGAGCCUAUCAUUGAUAGCUUUUGAAACAGAAUCGACUGAGCUACGGAACGGAAAACAGCUCUCUUAUCGUUCGGUAUUGUUAGCCAUAAUUAGCCAUAAAGUAAAAGCCAAUCAUAUGCUUAUCCGACCAACAAAGCGAAGACCUAAUGUGAGUUGGCCUACGGACAUGACAACGGUUUACUGUGAAUUCACAUUAGCAAUAUAUAUAUAUAUAUAUAAGCACAGGUUGGUAGAUCUCGCAUUUCUAUUAUAUAAGUUAGCAUAAAGCCAUGCAUUGAUCAACUUCGAAAUGGUUCACGUCUUGAAAAUUGUAUUUUAAUUAACAGUUCAAUACGAUUACUUACGUUCGGUCAAAAUUCACGACUCAUAUGUCAUAGUGGCAGAACAUGCCAUUGAAAGUUUCAUUUCCGAACGAAUCUUAUGAAAGUCCUGUGUUCGGGUUAGACUGUUUUGCAACUUGUUGAAAUUAGUUGGCGUCUGUAAACGUUACUUGCAAAAUGUCCGCUGAUGAGCAUAGUUCAAAAAGAGCCCGUAAAUUAGUAGCUUACUAGAGUAUAUUUUGUUAAUUAAAAUACACGCGCAGAUCCCGCACUGGUGACUCGAUCACCUAUAAUUAAUUCACCUGAACUACGAUAAAAUUUAAGCCUAAUGUACGCACGAACGCUAUAUAUAACAGCGUGUGCGCAGCUACUGAAAACUUUUGGCUACUUAAAAAUGAACUUUUCUUUAAUAUUAGGUGAGGUGUAUCAAGUAUGUCUGAACGAAAGUAAUCCUUUUGCAGACUAGUCUGGCUAAGCAUUUUUCGGGAUUUGUUGUUAAGGUAAAGUCUAAGUCAAAUCUUGUACUAUAUACCACAACCUAUCACGCAUACAGCCAUAUGCCUUGGUCGCGUAACUUGACAAAUCAAGCUUACAGAUCGGCUAUGUUCUAGGCGUAUGUGCUUGUAUGAUAUGAUGAGCAUACAUAAGACGCUAUAGCGACACUUUUCGUUUUUACCGGCUCUUUCUUCCUAGCUCAAAAAAGCCUAUUAAAAAUUAUAUACAUAUUUUAUAAUUGUUAUUAAUGCAAACGUUCCGCUAUACAUUGUAUAGACAAUGCAGUGUUAUCUUUUUCGUCGGGAUUCCUUUUUCUUGCCUGCUUGCCUUAACGCUAAGGACAAGGUCACAAGGACCUAUCUUGAUCAGAAGACUCGGCCAAGUGCGAUGUAAAAAGUUCGAUUCCCUUUACGAAUUUUCAUGAAACAAAAACGAUUGCUGCAUGAAAACUGAACAGGAAGUUAUUGAGAGGAAAAAUCGAGGCCAUCUUAUUUGGUAGAUUGUUGCUUUUUUACUUUCUAAAUUCAGAUUUAUCGGACGAAUUACAAGGCCAAUGCUUUUAGCUUACACAAAGCCAACUGUAUCGAAGGGUAUAGCGAAUACGAUCGGGACACGUAUAAGUAAACAAACAAACAGAGAGAAGAAAUAACGCUUAUACACGUGGUGUGAGAGUCCGCAGGAUCUGGGCAAAUGAAAGAAACGAAUUAGUAAUAAUGGUAAAACAAAGAAUAAAGUGUACGGUGAAAUACGACUAUGUAAACGCUGCAGUUUCUCCAUCGCUGAUAAAUGGUUAUCUGACAAUUUACUAAUUCAGCUCAAGAGCACCUGUACUCGAAAAAUAUAAAUACUUUCAAUUGUGGAAAGCUAACUUGGUUCAAGUCAAACCAGUCAAUUGACAGCGUCUUGCAUGAUGGACUGAACUGAUCUUGCAUAGAAGUUUUGAAUGGUCAUAGACGAUACCGCCAGGCGGAAGGUGGCAUAUACCUACGGUGCUAUCCAUAUAUGUAUUGAAAAACAUGUUUGUAAUUGUUAAUGAGCUCCAUUGUAGUAUAAAUGAUGAUAUAGAUGAGAGAUUGAGAGAGAGGGAGAGAUUGAGAGAGAGGGAAGGAGAGAUUGAG